GCGGCGAAGACGACGACGGUCGUCUAUGGAGCUCGAGAACUUAUUGGCCAACACGAGGCUGCUGAGAGCGCGCCAAGGACCCGCGUGAAGGAAGCCCGCGCGCUGUUCCAGUCCGCCUGCUCUUGAUCCCCUGUCCUGCCCUCCUUCCGGAACCUCGGGACGCAGUGUGGCUUCAGCAUCGUGCAAGCAAUGUGACCUGUCCCCAAGAGAGGAGGCCAGACCAGCCAGUAAAGCCGGUGGCAAAGAACCGUGCCUUUGUGGUCUUCAAAGGGCCACCGAAGAGAACCCUGUGAACCACCCUGGGAGACCCUUCCCUUAAGAGGGAUUAGCAAAAAAAGUGGUCGUAGUAGGAAAUGGAGGGAGAUGCUGAGACUGCCGCCCAUCAGCCAGUGCAGCGAGCUUCGCCAGUCCAUCGAGAAGGAUUACAGCAGCCUCUGUGACAAGCAGCCGAUCGGAAGACUUCUCUUCAGGCAGUUCUGUGACACGAAAGAAGACCUGAAGAAGCGGAUUGAGUUCCUGGAUGCAGUGGCAGAAUAUGAAGUGGCCGCUGAUGAGGACCGAAGACGCUGUGGGCUCCUGGCCUUGGACACAUUCUUCAGGGGAAAGCCAGAUAUACAUAGUUGCAUAAAAUCUCUUUCUAGAAUUGUCCAUGACCAUUUAAGUGAAGAAGCAUUUGAAGAAUACCAAGAAAGUGCAUAUUUCUCUCGAUUUUUACAGUGGAAAUGGCUGGAAAGGCAACCAGUGACAAAGAGCACAUUUAGGCACUACAGAGUCCUGGGGAAAGGCGGGUUUGGAGAGGUUUGUGCCUGUCAAGUGCGAGCUACAGGAAAAAUGUAUGCCUGUAAGAAGCUAGAGAAGAAAAGGAUAAAGAGGAGGAAGGGGGAGGCCAUGGCCCUAAAUGAGAAGAGGAUCCUAGAGAAAGUGCACAGUAGGUUUGUAGUUAGUUUAUGUUACACAUACCAAACCAAAAAGUCCUUGUGCUUGGUGCUAACCAUCAUGAACGGAGGGGACCUGAAGUUUCACAUUUACAACCUGGGCGACCCUGGCUUCGAGGAGCAGAGAGCCAUCUUCUACGCGGCCGAGCUGUGCUGUGGCCUGGAGGAUUUGCAGCGGGAGCGCAUCGUAUACAGGGACUUAAAGCCUGAGAACAUUCUCCUCGAUGAUCACGGACACAUCCGGAUUUCAGAUCUUGGUUUGGCCUUGGAGGUCCCAGAAGGGGAGAAGAUCAAUGGAAGAGUUGGAACGCUGGGCUACAUGGCUCCAGAAGUUAUCAACUCUGAGAGCUACACUUUCAGUCCUGACUGGUGGGGGCUCGGCUGUCUGAUAUACGAGAUGAUUGAGGGGCGUUCUCCGUUCAAAAAAUACAAAGAGAAGGUUAAGCGUGAGGAGGUGGAGCGGAGAGUGAAGCGAGAGGCGGAGCAGUACUCUGAGAAGUUCUCCGAGGACGCCAGGUCCAUCUGCAGCAUGUUACUCACCAAGGAUCCUAAGCAGCGCCUGGGCUGCAGGGGCGAAGGGGCGGCUGAAGUCAAGGGACACCCUGUGUUCAGGGACAUCAACUUCAGGCGACUGGAGGCCCACAUGUUAGACCCGCCUUUCCACCCUGAUCCGCAGGAGGUUUACUGCAAGGACAUCUUGGACAUCGAGCAGUUCUCCGCGGUGCGGGGCAUACACCUGGACAGCACCGACAGCGGCUUCUACAGCGAGUUCGUCACAGGCUGUGUCUCCAUCCCCUGGCAGAACGAGAUGAUCGAGUCUGAGUGUUUCAAGGACAUCAAUGAAAUGGAAAACGAGCCAGUUUUAGAGCCAGAUGAGAAGAUGGACCAGCAAGUUCCCAGGCCUCAGAAGAGAGGCUUCUUCUACAGACUCUUCUCUAGAGGGUGCCUGUUCUGUAAGAUGAUGUACACAGUGUACAAGCUACCCAUGUGGUGUGUUUGAGCCCAGCGAGAAGAGCCUUCACAGGGAUGUUUGCUGUUGGUAUGAAAUCUGUCCUGAUCGCAAAAGAAGAAAUGGCUCCAGCACUUGAAGAGAGACCCCAUUGUCCAUGACAACGCAUUUUACACUUGGCUCGUGAAGCAUCAUGAAGAACCAACGUAAAAGAAUGGAGGUCCCUUCCGUUUCUGCCCGGUGUUGUUUGGGUUCUCAGAGCUGGUGCGUCACAGGGAAAGCUGAUUCUCUUUUGAACGUGGAAGAGUGUUUGGAGAGGCUUUCCGUGGUAGCAUUAAAGUCAGGAAUGGUU